AUGAAGAAAAAUCUGAACCAACUGGCCAUGCUAGGUGAUGAAGAUAUUGUUCCUGAUUUACUUCAUUACAAGGUACAAAGUUGGUGUAAAAUGUACUUUAGAACUGACAUCAAGUGUGAUAGCAUAGAUAAUAACAUAGCUGAGAGUUUUAAUGCUUGGAUCUUAGGACCAAGGCAUAAAACAAUUAUUACUAUGCUAGAAGAGAUAAGGGUGAAGGUAAUGACUAAACUAGGUGAAUUCCUAAACUUUCUAGAAACAUGGGUGACUGAAAUAUCUCCAAUGGCUUUGAGAGUGUUAGAAAAAAACACUGAGAAGUCAAUGACAUGUAAUAUUGACUUCAAUAGAGAGAGAGGUUUUGAAAUAUCAGAUGGACCAUAUAUACAUAGUGUGGAUUUGAGGGAUAACACAUGCAACUGUAAAUCUUGGAUGCUCAAGGGAAUACCAAGUCCACAUGGAAUUACAGCCAUACUCUACAAGAAAUUGGACCCAAUUGAUUUUGUUGAUAGUUGUUACAGUAAGGAGACUUAUCUCAAGACUUACUGUCACUACAUUCAACCAGUGACCAACAUGAACAUGUGGCCAGAGUCAACAAAUCCUCAUGUGGAGCCUCCAGUUGUUGUUUCUAUGCCUGGCAGGCCAAAGAAGAAAAGGAAUAGACAGUUUUAUGAGACCAAAAAGUAUGGAAAGAUGUCAAUAAAAGGGGUUUACAUGACUUGUAGCAUCUGUCAUGGAAAAAAUUACAACAAAAAAGGUUGUCCUUUCAAGGAUUCUAUUGGAUCAAGUAUUCUUAAUGUUGGACCAAGUGAUGUACCAAGUACUUCAAUACCUAGGGGGAGGCCAAGAAACACUCCUCCUACUACUACUGAUGCACCUCCUAGACCUAGGGGAAGGCCAAGAAAAACAAGUGAUAAUGCUGAUGCACCUCCUAGACCUAGGGGAAGGCCUAGAAAGACAACACCUGUUGCACCAGCUGGACAAGCUGCACCGACUGCAAAUAUUGACCAUGUUGCAGUAGCUACAAGAGGAAGGGGAAGGGGUGUUAAACAUGUUGAACAUGUUGCAGCAACUACAAGAGGAAGGGGAAGGGGUAUUGAACAUGUUGAACAUGUUGCAGCAACUGCAAGGAAAAGGGGAAGGAGUGUUGAACAUGCUGUAGCAGCUAUAAGAGGAAGGAAAAGGAGUGUUGAACAUACUGCAACAGCCGCAAGGGGAAGGGGUGUUAAACAUACUGCAGCAACUGCAGUAGCUGGAAGAGACAGGGAAAGGCCAAGAAAAACACCUCUUGGUGAUAUAAGAGUGGCAAGGAGGACACCUUUGCAUGAGUGGUUUGAAAAUCAAACCAGUUAUGCUCCACCAAAUCCAUCUGCUUCACCUGUUUAUGCUCCACCAAAUCCAUUUGCUUUACCUGUUCAUACUCCACCAAAUCCAUAUGCUUCAACUGGUAAAAAGCCAAAGACAGUCGGAAUGGGUGUUUUGAUUGCUGAAAAUGGUUUCACAACAUAUAAUCCCUGGUUGCCAAGAAGUAGGAUACUACAUACUGGUUCUGCACAUCCUAUAAGAUCUGCUGAUAUUACUGAAGACUUUGGUUGCAAACCAAAAAUAGGAGUAAGGUGGAGGGGUAAAAAAGCAAUGAUUGAAAACCAGCUUAAAGUGAUGAGAGAUGAGAUGAGAAUGAACAAAAGACAGAAAAUAGCUUCAUUACAAUCCAAGCAACAAUGAAAGUAGUUUUAAAAUAUUGAUAGUUUUUUACACUAAAACUAAUGUUGUAUUGUAAAUUGGGGUAGGUUAUUUUGACAAGAUCAUUUUUUGUGAAGGUUCUAUGAUGCACUUGAAUGUUGCAUCUCAGACAUUUGUGCAGUUAUUUUGUAGUAUAUGUUGCACUUGAAAGUUCAAGUUGCAUCUCUAAUAGUUAUGCACUGAUUUUAUUCUACUGUAUUGAAUAUUGGGAUGUAUUGAAUAUUGAGAUCUAUAAAUUUGUAUCUAUCUUUUGUGGUUG